UUUCAUUGGAAGAGAGAGUCGAAGAUAAUUUUGCGCAGUUUCUAUCCUCAAGUUGAUAUCUUUGUUUUUUUUUUAACCCAAACAGAAAAAUCACAGCUCUUUAACAAUGUCUUUUAACAAGGGUCCUGCCUACGGACUAUCAGCGGAAGUCAAAAACAAGAUCGCACAGAAGUAUGACUCUCAGAAAGAGGAAGAGCUGAGGGUCUGGAUCGAAGACGUAACCGGCGCUUCCAUCGGCCCCGACUUCCAGAAAGGCCUGAAGAAUGGAGUCAUUCUGUGCGAACUUAUCAACAAACUUGCCCCGAACUCUGUGAAAAAGAUCAACCAGUCAGCACUGAACUGGCAUCAGCUGGAGAACCUGACAAACUUCAUCAAAGCCAUCACAGUGUAUGGUCUGAAGCCUCAUGAUAUCUUCGAAGCCAACGACCUGUUUGAGAACGGCAACAUGACGCAGGUCCAGACGACAUUACUCGCGCUCGCCAGCAUGGCGAAGACUAAGGGUUGCCAGUCACGGGUGGACAUUGGGGUAAAGUACGCUGACAAGCAGGAGAGGAUGUUUGACGAGGAGAAGAUGAAGGCUGGACAAUGCGUCAUCGGCCUACAGAUGGGGACCAACAAGUGCGCCAGUCAGGCAGGCAUGAAUGCAUAUGGCACCAGGAGGCACUUAUAUGACCCCAAAGUUCAAAUCCAGCCCCCCAUGGACAACACAACCAUCAGUCUACAAAUGGGAACCAACAAGGGAGCGAGCCAGGCUGGGAUGACUGCUCCAGGGACAAGGCGUGCCAUUUACGACCAGAAGCUGGGCACAGACAAGUGUGACAACAGCACCAUGUCUCUACAGAUGGGCUUCAGCCAGGGAGCCAACCAGAGCGGCCAGAACUUUGGCCUGGGACGGCAGAUCUAUGACGCCAAGUACUGUCCUAAAGCUGGAGAGGUUCCAGAUGAUCAAAACGGGGCAGGUGUCUCCCGUGACUUCAUCCCGGAUUACCAAGACGAGGGUUACCAAGGAUACCAGGAGGAAGAACAGGUGUACCAAGAUGAUGGGACAGAUUAUUAGGAGGAAGGAGGGAGUGUAGGAAGGGAAAGAGGUUGUAUAAAGGAGGGAUCUUCUGCAAGAAAACCUCAAGGCAGGCAGUCUGUCUUUGUGUUUGGUAUUUUUUUUUAUCCACAGGAUGUUGCACUUUUUUUUUUUUUUUGGGGGGGGGUGAUAUCCUUUUUAGUGUUAUGAAAUUGUUUUCUUACCCCUGUUUGUGCAAAUCCAAUGUUACACAUAUCAUGAACUGCAUUUCUGUGAUUUUUAUAUUUAAAGUGACUACAAAAGCCAGUCUUUUUGGCUUAGCUAGUUUUCUAUGCCAGGGACUAUAUAUUUUUUUUUUUUUUUUUUUUUUUAUGUGCCAAAGCCCCAACAUUUGUUUGGUUUUUUUGGCUGACUCAUUAGUUAUGUUAAGGGAGAUCCCUAGGUUUUUGUAAAGGCAACACAAAAUAUUAGGGAAUUUUUUUAAAUAAAGGUUUAUAAGAAAGUGCAUGUUUUGAACAAAACACCCAUGCUUGUGUUAUCUGUGUAAACGACGAAUUUCUGUGAAUGAGACUGUUUUGUUUGUUAGUACUUGAGUAUCUUCAUUCAGUAUUGGUCAUUGACAUAUACAGUAGUACAGUUUUGGUUAUUCAGGAAGAUGAAGAAACUGAAAGAAAAAUGGAUUUUUAUAACCGACAAAGUAGUCACAACUUUUUUUUUUUUUUUUUUUUAUAUAAAUAUUCUGUCUUUUCUGUCAUUCAUUUCAGUUAUUUCUGUCUUUUUUUUUUUUUUUUUUCCCCUCUUUAAUGGAGGAAAUAUUUCCUUGUUUGCAUAACCAGUCCAACUGGAGUUAAGCUUGUUUUCUUUGGCUUAAAGACAGUGGGGGGAGGAUAUAAUAAUACUCAAGUGAAGUUUUGAACAUUCCAAGCAAGAAUACUGGAUUCUUUGGUCGGUGAGUAAUGUUUAAGUGAAUCAUAUUAAUAUUGGUUGAUCUGCAAACCAAUCAUACAAUUAUAUUUGAUUAUUUAUGCAUAUUUGUGAUUUUUUUGAAUGGGGGGGGGGGGGUUAUUUUGUACCUUGACUCUGAAUAUCAUUUUGUAUUAGACUAUGCCUUUUCCUCUGGAAUAAUCUUUAGGACCCUGGAAAAAGAUGUUUGACGUGAGAAGUAUGCCUUUGUGAAUACGGUGUAAUAAAGAUGUGUAUUCAUUA